AUGGCGAGGCUGCUGCCAGCGUGCGUCCUGCUCGCAGGCACCUGCGCGGCGCUCCUGUGCCUCACGGCGCUCCGCGCACCCGCACCGCCCGCCUUCCUGUCCACGGCCGCCGCCGGCCGGCGCGAGGCCCUCCAGGCCGCCGCCGCGGCGGCGGCGACGCUCGGCAGCCAGGCCGCGCUUGCGGACUUCCAGGGCGAGCCCGUCACCUGCAUGAAGAGGUAUGGCCCCGCCAUCAUCAAGCUGCAGAGCGCCGUGGACUCCGGGGACAUGAAGGCCGUCCUGGCGAAGGAGAACAAGUUCAAGAUGCUCAACACCUACUGGCGCAACCAGCCGAAGGACUUCGCGGCCCAGACCGAGCUCUCCGAGGAGCUCCUGGAUGCGGCCGCGGACGGGGAGACGGCCAAGGUGAAGACGCUGUACGCCAAGUACAUGGAAAAGUCGGAGCUGAAGUCGUUCGCCAACCUCCCUCCAGCCAGGCAGUACCACAUGACGAACCGCGACGCCUCCAUGGGCUCUCGCUGA